CGAACAUGGCGAUUCGCUCGUACAAGACAAUUUAACAAUGGUGCUCUUUAAACUCGUUUUUCUCGCUCGUUGUUGAAUGGAUUGCUGUAAAACCAAGAUAAUCUUAAAAUGGCUUUAUCUGAGUGUUCUAUAAAUGAGCGAAAAAGUACAAGGCGCUAUUACAAAGCAAGUUUUUGGCGAAAGUCUGGACUCACUGCAGGGUACAAAAUUUGAUCAAAGUAUGCCUGUUGGAGUCAACGCUGAAAUGCUGGACAAAUCGGUAAAAAGUACAGAUGAGAACAGUACUGAAAAUUUAAAAGGGGCUUAUUUUACUCCUCAUCCACCAGAAAAGCCGAAGGAUUCCAAUAAAAAAGGCCCACGAAGGAAUAAAAACAAGAAGCGAUUUUCCAGACGUUCAAAUCGAGUUGACUUGAAAUCAGAGAGCUCUGAGGACGAAAAGCUUUAUACUAAUCCUGAAGGAUUAGAUCAUAGGACUACUGGCUCAAAAUUACCCCCCUUAUCCAAAAGUAUAGGCAAUGAUUUUGAAGCCAGACAAAACAGUGAAACCAUUGAUCGUGCAGGCAUAAAUAGACCCGUCGAUAAAAAUUUUGGACAUGUAAAUCCCCUUACAUUAAACUUGAAACCGCUCUCCCCUAUUAAAGACAACCAGAAAGUAGUAGAUAAUUUUAAGGCCAAACAAUCGUUGGAAAGGGGUAAGCAUGAACUUAGGGAAAGAGGGCCUUUAAAGCCUUAUAAUCCUAUUGAGAGGGUUUCUGGGUUGGACGAUACAAAUGGGCGGACAAACACAGGUAAAGUGGUCAAUAACUUAGAUUCAGGCAAUCCAACUAGGCCAAAUAAUAUCACCAAUAAUGAAGGUAACGAUGUAGACGAUAAAUCGGAAAAUACCUUAACGAGCGUUAGCAGUAAUGACUCGAGUUCAGACAUUGAUAGUGACAGCCAAAUAAGUCCUGUUAAUGAUACAAAUAUUCCAAAUACACAGCUGUCCCACAAAGCGCCUUGCGACACGCCCCCUGCGCAUCACCGCCAUCAUCAUAGGAGCAGCCUAUCAUUGAACUCAGUUAGAGACUACCCACAACAAGUCGACAGACACUCGGAUACCGAGGCGAUCCGCAGAGGACGGGCCGGCAAUCAUCAAAGUAACAAAGCAUUUUGGGACAAGGCAAAAGUUGUAACCUUACUUCCCAGAGUGCCUGCUGACAGGGCAAGGGAUCGUAACUCGAACUUUGUUAAGGAAGAGUUAGAGAAGUAUUUGCCAGAACGAAAGUUGAUGGUUUUUGUUGGAACUUGGAAUAUGCACGGAGAGAAGGUUGGUUUGCCAUAAUAUGAGUUGAUGAUGCUUCUUUUUCUGCUUGAAUAUGAAUAUCCAUAAUUUCUUACUUCAUUUUAAACUCUUCUUAAUCCAUCAAAUUUCUAUAGCAAUUGCCAGUAUUUGUCGACGACUUUUUGCUUCCCGAAUGUUGUAAGUUCAUGCAGGAUUUAUAUGUCAUAGGAUCGCAGGAAAGCACUCCACAGAGGUAAACAGUGAAUUGAUGUAGCCAGAUUGAGUGAUAGUUCUGUAGCAAUGUUUUUGCCAAUAUGGACGUCACCCGAAAAAUUGUAUAUUAACUAAUUUUGGUGGCAUUACAUCGUAGUGCUCGUGCAAGAAAUAAAAGAACUUAAAAUUUAUGUUUUCUGAUGUGUUGAAGAUUACCACAAACUGACGUCAGUGUUGACAAAAAAGUUGCUUGGUUACAAGCUGACCUACACAGCUAAAAACGAUCAGGUUUUUGCAAUAUUGAUGAAAACAGGAUUGAACAAUGUUGUGCGGCCCACAUUGUUCACAGUUGUCAACAAUGUUGAAUAAUAUUGUUACACCCGAUUCAGGCUCAACAAUAUUGUUCAAUAUUGUUGACAAGUGUGAACAAUGUGGGCCGCACAACAUUGUUCAGUCCUGUUAAACAGCGGGGCUCAUAAUUUUUAUGCGACAGUGUAGUUAGUGCAGCUCACCUGUCCUGUUAUGUACAUCUGUCAAUCUCGGUUUGUACACAUUGUAGAAAAGAAUGGGAGAUCAAACUCCAAGAAGCAUUGGGGCCAUCACACGUUCUUAUCUACUCAUGUCAAUUUGGUGUGCUUCAUCUUGCCAUGUACUUGCGUCGAGAGCUAGUCUGGUUUUGUUCAGGUAACCAUCCUUUUUCUUGUAUAUUCAAAUGUUUGUUUUCAACGUACACUAAAGUUUUUAAAUUAUUUAUUUAUUUAGGUGUGGAACAAGCAACAGUUGCAACUAGACCUGGUCAUAUGAUUAAAACCAAGGUGGGUUUUAACCAAUUGACAAGUAAAAUUGUCUGGCAUUAGAAAGAGUAAAAUAAUAAAGUAGGGCACUGGAUGGAUAGUGUUGUAAUACCAUCAAGAAAGUUGAACAAUUUGUUCUAUCUUUUCCAGGGUGCAAUUGGCUUGUCAUUGUCAAUUUUUGGAACAUCAUUUUUAUUCAUCAACUCCCAUUUUACUGGUUAGUAAAUUCUGUUCCUCAGUUAAUUCUGUUCAUGUAUGUGUCGUGUACCUAUUUUUAUUAUUUUUGCCAUCAAAUAUUUUAGCUCAUGAACAAAAAUGCAAAGAACGAAUCGGUGACUACUGCUUGAUAAGAAAGACCUUAUCCCUUCCUUUGAACUAUCCAGAACCAGCAAAUCACGGUAAGCCCUAGUUUGUUUAAAGCCCUUGGGCCGGUUGUAUAAGUCUCUUACCUGUGACUAUUUUAACUAGUAGUUUAUAAAUGGUCUAGUUAAAUGGCAUAUGACUCGAAAAUUGAUGGUGUUAUUUUUUAGUCUAAUUUGAAAGAUCAUUGAAAACUGUUUUCUUGCUUCAUUUUGAAGAUAUUUCAUUUGUAUGAUAUGCAAAGGACCAACUUCCUACGUCACAUAUGCAUAAAUUGAUUUAGCCAGUAGAAAACCAGUCAGUAGAAAACCUGUAUGGGUGUUGUUGUGGACAAAUCUCGUGCUCAUCAUUCAUUUUGUGCGAAUGUAUUUGAUAGUGACAAAAUUAUUUAUACAGUAACAUUUUAAAGUAAGUCAUUAUACAUGUGUGACAUAGAAAGUUAGUCCUUUGCAUAUCAUACAAAAUGAAAUAUCUCCAAAACGAAGCAAGAAAACAAAAAUCUGUCACAGAAGUUACUCUACAGUUUUCAAUCAUGAUAAAAAAUAAUACCGUCAAUUUUCGAGUCAUAUGCCCUUUAACAUUGAAGAUUCCGAUUGGUUAACUUUUGGACUAACUGUAAUUUAGGUUUAAAAACUUUUUACUAACCAUUCUAUUAAAAGUAUAUGGCCUCAUACUCAGCUUAUAACCAUUCGGGUCAAAUGCUAAUACUUGCAAAUAGCCUUAGUUUUAAGAGUUUCAAACGUUCACUGGUUAAAAAUAUUUAUUUGGACGAGCUUUCGACUGCCAGUCUGCAGUCUUCGACGGGUAGAUUAAAGUGAAUGAAUUGUGAUAUUUACAGUGGUUUACAUUUUUUUGCAUGUUGUGUCAGUAUAUUGUAAUUGUAAACCACUGUAAAUAUCACAUCAUUCACUUUAAUCUACUCGUCGAAGACUACAGACUGCAGUCGAAAGCUCGUCCAAAUAAAUAUUUUUAACCAGUGAACGUUUGAAAAAUAUGAGACCUGGUUUCGCAUCUAACAUUUUUAAAUUAAGCCUUACUUAGUUUUGUUUGUUUGAUGUUCCAGCAAGUGACGUGACGUCGAGGUUCAAUCAAGUAUUUUGGCUUGGUGAUUUUAACUUCAGAGUAGAAGAACGACAUGGCGUGGUCGAGAAAUUUCUCACACAAUGCGAAGAAGAUGACGACCCGAAUUAUGAGGUUGGAUACGAUCAUUAAAAACUCCUCUUCCGAGACGUCCUGUAAAGGACUGGAAUUGGUCCUGUAUUUGUCGUUAUUUUGAACAAUUUUUCCACCUUUUUUUCUUUAGGAAUUGGUUGCGAAGGAUCAAAUGACCAAAUUAAUGAAGAAAAGUAAGAAAGAACGAGAAUCAACAAAUACGUUUCGAUUUUUUUCGUAUAGUCGUGUAUAAAAAAUCUAUAAUUAUAUUGUUUCGUACAGAUGGUGUAUUUGAACAUUUCGAAGAAGCGAAGAUUAAUUUCCCGCCAACAUACAGAUUUGAUAUCAACCCUGAUGACCCGGGACAUUAUUCAAGCGUCCGGGUCCCAUCGUGGACGGUACAUGACUUCAAUGAACUACUUAAAAUAAACAUGUAAAAAUCUCACAACUUGUCAACAAGAUGUGUUCGCAACAGGCUUGUUGCAAGCUUGUCAACAAGUUGUAACAUUGCUGUCAUUUUAUCAAGUUGCUAUACAUUAACUUGUCACUCACAACUUGUUGACAAAUUGUUGAAUUGCAGGACGAUAGCAAAUCUGUUGAAACAACUUGUAACAAGUCUGUUGAGCUCAAAAACCUUGUAGCAAGUUGUCAACAAGCUGGGAACAAGCAGUGCGAACACAUCCUGUUGACAAGUUGUGGGAAGAGCAUCGCUACAAGUCUGCUGCAAGUUUGUUGCAACUUGUGCGUUUUUUACACUUGUAGGUUCACCUAUAAACACACAAAAAUCUCACAUCUUGUAGCAAGUCUGCCACAAGCUGUGAAAAAGUGUGUUUGCACUGCUUGUCCCAAGUUGUCAACAAGUUUGGAACAUUUCACACCUUAAUUUUACAUCUGAAUUUUACACCUGAAUUUACAUACAUUAUCCUUAUCCAUUUAGGAUCGUAUUGUGUAUCGAAGCAGCGAG